CAGGAGAUCUAUGCAAUUUUGCCUCGCAAGUAAUCGAGGCGAAGAAGAACUCGAUCGAUCGAAACUUCACGUUACCGUCCUCGUCGCCUUCUCUGAUCGCAAUCGGAUUCCAUGGCGACGACCGGGAACAGCAGCAUCAACGCCAAGCUCGUCCUGUUAGGUGAUAUGGGCGCGGGGAAGUCCAGCCUCGUUCUUCGGUUCGUCAAGGGGCAGUUCCUCGAGUUCCAGGAGUCCACUAUUGGCGCGGCAUUCUUCUCGCAGAUGUUGGCGGUGGGUGAUGCCACGGUGAAGUUUGAGAUUUGGGACACGGCCGGGCAGGAGAGAUAUCACAGCUUGGCUCCCAUGUACUACAGAGGAGCCGCGGCGGCGAUCAUCGUAUAUGAUAUCUCUAGCUCGGAAUCAUUUGAGAGAGCAAAAAAGUGGGUGCAAGAGCUGCAAAAACAAGCUAAUAGGGACGCGACAAUAUUAGGUAAUCCAAAUAUGGUGAGAGCUCUUGCAGGAAAUAAAUGUGAUUUGGAGGAUAAAAGAAAGGUGACAACUGAGGUUGACCCUUUGCAGACAGAUAUCACAAGGGUGCAUCACGACUUGGGCAAUUCUAGUUAAGUUUGUGACAUUUGGUAUCGGAGUAGGCAAGCGAUUCGAGCAAACAACAAAAGUUCACACACUCGCCAUGGCGAAUCUAGUAAGACUACUAAGGGGGCAACUUCCUAAAGUGGCCAUUGGGGGAUUGUAAGUGUAAACAUGCUCUUAAGCUGUUGGAGUCGCUUAUGAGGAGCAUGAUUGCUAAAAUGGUGACCAAGAAGUUGGCAAUUUUCCACGAGUAGAGAAAGCGCAAUUCGAAAUGCCGAUGGUGGGAAAAGAAAAGGACCAUAAGGAGAGUUUUGCAAUAGCGGAAACCCGCCUCGAUGUCCUCGAAACAAGCUUGGAGGAACUCUACCAAGGCCAACAACGACUUCUUGGGUAGAUAAUUUGCAAGAGGCAAAAUCUUGGAUUGACAUAAUGGAGUCUCGAGUUGAUCGACUAACGAAAGAUUUUGCAAGAGGCAAAAUCUUGGAUUGACACGGGAGUGUCUAAUUUGCUACAAUCUGCUCAUAUGGAUCAUACUGAUAAUAUGAUAUUUUUUUCAGCCAACAAUAUUGCUACAUAAUCUUCAACUCAGCCUACUCAGAUAUGACAGCUCAUCAGCAUAUUCUCAGCACAAAGGAAUACAUUAAUGGAGUUGGUUGGCAGCUGUAAAGCUGUAUCAUGAUGCUUUUCUUCAUGGCUAAGGAGUUCAUUAAUGGAGUUGGUUGGCAGCUGUAAAGCACUUAAUUUCGAAAUUUCCUAUGCAUGAAGGGUUGUUUCAUGCACUAGUAUUUAUUUUGGGGUUUAGGGCUUAGAAAAGACUUUAGAAAACUGAGAAUAUUAGCAGAAGCUCUCUUUGAGUGCUCUUUUGAACUCUGUAUCUCUUGGAUGUGUCCUUGAGUGGUGAGUCUUUUGCUUUCAGUUCUGUAUCCUUGUUUAUUGUCAUUAGGGUGGUGAUCUUUCUGUAUCCCUUUUGAUUUUAAACUUGGUGGUGAGCUAUUUUUCGUUUUACCGAAGUUUCUUCAAGAGUUCAUUCAUUGCCUUC